CCCACCUCGGAAAGGCAACGUCGCCCAGAGCUAUCGGCGAGGUCAACAACUUCCUUGAAGUACGUGGGUUCACUAAACCUUCCUCAAUGCAAUUGCGAAGUGAUUCUGGACGUUUAAUCCCCAUCUUUUUUCUGCUCUUACCCACGUGGUCUCCAAUAGGCUAGGAUGGAAGACUCGUUGUCCAAAAGAGCUGCUGCUGUUGUCCCGGAGCUCGAUCGGCCCUGGCGUUUUGCUUCCAAGGCGACCUAUGAUCCGGACAACAACCCAUCCGGCUUGAUUAGUUUUGGACUUGCCGAGAACACUCUCGUCAGUUGGGAACUAGAACAAUUUGCAAACCAAAAUGUUACUUUCCCACUCGAAAUUUUCAGCUACGGCUACAGCACAGCCGGCGGCCAGCGCUUCCCCAAAGCGCUUGCCCAGCACCUCAAUGAGUGCUUCAACCCAUACCGGCCACUCGAUGGUAGCGAGAUCCAGAUCACCGAUGCUGCGACUUCGCUCCAUGAUAUUCUGGGCUGGGCUGUAGGAGAUCCAGGUGACGGUAUACUAACGUCGAGACCUGUCUACGGGCGCUUCGAACUCGACUUUGGCAACAAAGCGCAGUUGCAGAUGGUGUACGCUGACACAGAGGCCGAGACUUGUUUCGAUGUCAGUGUGGUGAGCAAGUUCGAGGAAGCUCUGGUACGAUCCAAUGCCGCAGGAGUCAAUAUCAGAGCUCUUCUCAUCGUCAACCCACAUAAUCCCCUCGGGAGGUGCUACCCGAGGGACACGAUUUUGGAGCUCAUGAAGUUCUGCCAUAGGCAUCGAAUCCAUUUCAUCAGCGAUGAGGUGUACGGAUGCACCGUCUUCACUGAGGAUGGGCUCGUGGGUUUUACAUCAGCUUUAUCCGUCGACCCGGCUGGCAUCAUCAAUGAAGAGCUUUGUCACGUCACAUACGGGUUGGCCAAGGACUUCGCGGCGCCAGGGCUGCGCAUUGGUGCUAUCAUCACCAGGAGCAAGUCGCUUCAUAAGGCGGUUACGAGCGUCAUGAGGUUUUCAAACCCCUCCGGUGCCUCUCUAGCCAUUGUGUCGGCAAUGCUGCAAGAUAGGCAGUGGUGCCGCAGCUUUCUGGCGACCUCACGGGAGAGGAUAAGCGAGGCGUAUAAACAUGUUACCAAAGGGCUUCGAGAGAUAGGUAUUAACUUCCUGCCAGCCAACGCGGGGUUCUUCAUUUACAUUGAUUUAUCGCCGUAUCUGAAACUGGACGCUGAAGACCCUGAAUUUGAAGUCGCCCAGAGACUGCUUGAUCAAGGCGUCUUUCUUCAUCCGAAGGAAGAACAUGGGAAGGCCGGCUGGUUCAGAGUGGUGUAUACGCAAGAUCCCCGCAACGUUACGGAGGGGUUGAGAAGAAUCAAAUCAGCUCUUGGGCUAUAACAUCCUAAGAGGCGCCAGGGUUUCUGACGGGUUAUUUGUCCCGGCACAAAUUGCAGAAAGGAUCUUGGCCAUGGUUUGGGGCAACACACACACUGCGUAGAACUCAUCCAUAUUCACUCUGUUCGAUCUCAGCCUGGGCGGACAAAUACCGAGUUCGCUUGGCACAUAAAACAAUCAUCUUAAAUA